AUGGUUCGCGUCAUCAUCAAGGGCGGUGUCUGGAAGAACACCGAAGACGAGAUUCUCAAGGCCGCCAUCUCAAAGUAUGGCAAAAACCAGUGGGCUCGUAUCUCCUCCCUCUUGGUCCGCAAGACUCCCAAGCAGUGCAAGGCAAGAUGGUACGAAUGGCUAGAUCCAUCCAUAAAAAAGACAGAAUGGUCUCGCGAGGAGGACGAGAAGUUGCUUCACCUCGCCAAGCUUAUGCCCACCCAAUGGCGCACAAUAGCUCCCCUCGUAGGCAGGACCGCCAAUCAGUGUCUCGAUCGAUAUCAAAAGCUUCUCGAUGAGGCCGAAGCCCAAGACAAUCAGCCAGGCACCAGCACGCUUGGUCUCGUUGGUACAGGCGAAGCCGUCCCCAGCGCGGACGACGUUCGUCGUCUGCGCCCAGGAGAGAUCGAUCCGGACCCAGAGACAAAGCCCGCCCGGCCCGACCCCAUCGAUAUGGACGAGGAUGAGAAAGAGAUGCUCUCCGAAGCUCGUGCCCGUCUCGCAAAUACACAAGGCAAGAAGGCCAAGCGCAAAGCUCGAGAGCGUGCUCUCGAGGAAGCGCGCCGCCUCGCCUUGCUUCAGAAGCGCCGCGAGCUCAAGGCAGCUGGCAUCACCAUGAAGCAGAAGCCCAAAAAGGGCGUCAUCGACUACAAUGCCGACAUUCCUUUCGAAAAGCAACCCCUUCCAGGCUUCUAUGACACGAGUGCAGAGGCUUCCAAGUCCUACAAAGCUCCUGUCGGCAAGACGCUACAGGAGCUCAACAAUCGCAACGCUGGUCCUGACGACCCCACCAAAAACAAGCGCCAGCGCGAAGCCGAUGAAAAGACAAAGCAAGCGAAGCAAGCCAUGGCCGGCCGCAACGAGGACCAGGUUCGUAAGCUCAAAGAGGCUGAUCAGAUCACCAAAAGGCGCAAACUCAACCUUCCUGCGGCUCAGGUCGAUCAAGACGAAUUGGAAGCCAUCGUCAAAAUUGGUCAAGCAGGUGAACGAGCACGCUCUUUGGUUCAAGAUGGAUCCAGUGAUGCUACCGAUGGAUUGCUCGAAAAGUACUCGGCGCUCGAAGCAGCGCAGACAGCUCGAACUCCGCAAGUGGCAGCACACGAGGACUCGGUCAUGAGAGAGGCCAGGAAUCUGCGCUUGCUCUCUUCGACCCAGACUCCGCUGUUGGGCGAUGCCAAUGUGGAUCUGCCAUCUUCACAAACAUCCGUAGCCCAGACACCUGGCUCCUUUGUGGCACAGACACCCAACCCUCUUCUGACUCCCGGGCUUCGCAACGGCGAGACACCCGACUCUGCGAACCAGUCACGGUCUCAUGCGCGUGCCAGCACACCACAAAGAACCCCCUUGCGCGACAACCUGGGUCUCAAUGCUGAAGAACAGCAGCAAGCCGGCUACGAGACGCCAAGAGACCUCAAGAGAGCACGCAGUCUGGCUCAGUCUCAACUCAGGCAGAGCCUCUCAUCGCUGCCUGCUCCGAAGAACGAUUUUGACAUCGUGGUCGAUGAGGAUGAAGACGAGCCCCAUGCAUCCACGAGCGUGCUCGACGACAGCGCGCCUCUCACCGAAGAGGAUGCCGCCGAACGUGAUGCCAGACUUGCCCGUCAGGCAGCCGAGGAAGAGGCAAAGGCAGAGGCACGCCGCAGCCAGGUCGUGCGUCGGAACCUUCCACGGCCAGCCGAGUACGACUUGGAGCGCGUGAUUCAGCACGUCGAAUCGCAAUACCACAACCCAGUAGAGCUGCUUGUCGCUCUCGAGUCCGCACGACUCCUGCAUCACGAUGUCAACAUGCAUCCUAUUCCCGGAGGCAAACAUCCCGACCCCGAGUCAGUGCAACUCGAACCGCUUUCGGACGCCUCCCUCUCGGCAGCUAGAGAGCUGAUGCGUGCAGAGCUGGCCGACCAGCUCGGAUUCCCCGGCGCCAACGAAGACGCCCUCAAGCGACUGGUCGGGGCUUCGCUCGACGAUGACGACGAGGCAUUGGAACAGCUCGAGGCUGCGCUCCAGCAACGAUGGCUUGCAUCGCGGAACGACCAGUCCAAGUUGGCCGAAGAAUUGGCAUCGGCGCGGGUCAGGAUGGGCGCAGCUGCGUCGCAGGCAACCAAGGGCGAAAAGAUGCUCUCUAAAGUACUGGGUGGCUACAAGGCGAGAAGCGAGGCACUCUCUGCUUCGACCCAGGAGCAAUUCAAGGCGUUGGAAGAAGCCGCCAUCUCGCGCGAGACGUUUGAGCGCUUGCGUCGGGAAGAACAGGGGGGUAGAGGCGACCGACUUGAUUCGCUGCGCAAGGAGGUGGACCGCUUGGCCAGUCGCGAGGUGCUGGCUCAAAGGGAGUUCAAGGAACUGGAGGAUGAGAGGAACGCCCUGCAGAAACAGUGCGAGACGCUCGAGAUGGAGGUCAACAUGCGCCAGGCCGAAGCUCUCAACGAGGCUGCACUCGCUGAAUGA